UACACUUCCCACAAUUCACUGCAACGACCAUUUCCUGUAACAGUCUCAAGCGCGCGCUCAGUGCAGGUCUCUCAGAAACGCGCAUCGCAUGGGCUUAUGAUUUAACACAAUUUACCUUACAACAUCACAAUGCCCAAGUCAAAGGAAGUGUUGUCCUCUACGUCAGGUAGCGAUUCUGAUAGUGACGUCGAGACCAAGGCCAAGAGAAAGAAGCAGGCGGCUCCAGAAAAGCCAUCAAAGAAACCAAAGGGUGGAGAAUCCUCAAAAGUGUCAGCCGCCUCCAAAAGCAGCAGUAGCAGCGAUAAAAAGGAUAAUAUGUUCCAGAUAGGAAAGAUGAGGUAUGUGAGUGUCAGAGAUUUCAAAGGAAAAGUGCUGAUUGAUAUCCGGGAAUACUGGAUGGACCAGGAGGGUGAAAUGAAGCCAGGGAGAAAAGGUAUUUCACUGAACCCAGAGCAGUGGAACCAGCUAAAAGAGCAGAUGAGUGACAUUGAUGAUGCUGUGAGAAGAACAUAAGACCUGUCCGCAGUUCAAGAGGAAUCUUGAUUCUUUUUUU